AUGUAUUUGUAUAGUAGUAAUAUUGCAUUUUCCACAAAUGUAAAAAAUAUUAAUAAGCAUAUAUCGAGCAAUUUAUUUUGUUUAUCAUCUAAAUUGUUUUUUAAAAAUGAAAGUUACACAAAUUAUUUAAACAACUCUAAACGGUUGGAAAAUUUUAAUACAUUUUUUUUAACCAAAAAUACCAAUAUUCAUAUAAUUGGUAAAAAAUAUUUUUCAGACCAAUCAAUAAUUAAUUCUAUUCAAAAUGCAAAAAAUGAUCUAGAUAGGGCGUCGCUGUAUUUGCUUCAAAAGUCAAUUAGCAAUAAUUAUAAAAUUUUAAGCCAGGAAAAAAAAACACAUUCUCAAAAUGCAAUUCACGAGUUAAAUGCUUUAUUGGCAUAUAAAUCGAAUUUAACAGAAGAAAGACAAAAAAUAUUAACUGAAAAGAGGUCGGAACGGUAUACAAAUAAAGAAAUGAUCGGUUUAUUUAUAACUGGGUUUUUUUUUGCCGUUGGUUCAGUUACUCAUCCUUUGGCAAGUGCCUAUGGCAUUUACAUAUUACAUAAAGCCUCGAAGGAAAACAAUAGCAUGCUAUAUAUCGAAAAGAGAUUAAAUGAUAACAAGAACAAAUUAUUAGUAAAUCAAAAGGAUAUACACAAUAUUUUAACUAAACUUGAGAAUGAUUUAAUAAAAAAUAAAUAA